AUGGAGACUAACCAGGAAUCAUCCCUCUUCUUGGUGAAGAUUUUGGAGGAGCUAGACACCAAACAGAAUACAGUUUCCUACCAGGACCUUUGCAAAUCAUUGUGUGCUCGAUUUGAUUUAUCUCAGCUAGCCAAGUUGAGAAGUGUGCUGUUUUAUACAGCUUGUCUUGAUCCAAAUUUCCCAGCAACUUUAUUCAAAGACAAAAUGAGAUGCACUGUGAACAAUCAGCAAUCAAAGAAAAUCAUGGUGGCUGCUGAUAUAGUAACAAUAUUCAACCUGAUCCAAAUGAAUGGGGGUGCAGCAAAGGAAAAAUUGCCUGCAGCACGACAGAAAGUUAGGAAGAAUGAAUCAUUUGAAUCAUGCAGGUCUGACACUGAGAUAUGCAAUGUGAUAGACUGUGUGCCUCCUAAUUGUGAGCCGAGAGAUAGAGAAUUUAACCGGGGCUAUUCAGCAAGACGAUCGUUGAAGUGUAGGAAGAUGGACUGCAAAGACUGCCAACAAUUUGUACCUGCCUCAGAGCCUAACUUUUUGUUGGGAGUUAACAAGGAGACAAAAAGUCGGGCAGCUUCACUUGACAGGCUGCAGGCCCUGGCAUCCUAUUCCAUUGCAAAUUCUCAACCAUGUGAAAUGCAGAGCACUUAUUUUCCCAUGAACAUUGAAAAUGAGUCUAUAUCAGAUCAAGACUCCUUACCCAUGAACCCCGGGAUGAAAGAAACCUUCAUUUCCAAUGAGGAGCCUUUUGUGGUCCAGUCCUGUGUGCAAAAGAGAAACAUUUUUAAAGAAGAUUUUCAUAAUCUGAUCACAGUAUCACCGAGCUUAGUGCCCCCUGGCAAGAAAGCAGACGAUGUGCUGGGAGAGCCGCAGACCAGAAAAGAAACUCAUAAGCCAGCCUUCUUUAAUCACAGCUUUGAAAUGCCAUACAAUAGCCAAUAUUUAAAUCCUGUUUACUCUCCUGUCCCUGACAAAAGACGGGCAAAGCAUGAGAGCUUGGAUGAUCUCCAAGCUUCUACAUAUUUUGGACCCACUACAGUUCUAGGGGCCCAAGAAGGGAAGAGGUGGUCAGGAAGGCCAAGUAAGCAGACUGCCUGGCCAGCAAAGAGCUGGAGUUUAAACACUGAGGAGGUUCCUGACUUCGAAAGGUCUUUUUUCAAUAGGAACCCAAGUGAUGAGAAACCUCGAUAUCAGGGUUCAAGCAAUCAGCCUUCCAAUUUCUCAGCCCCAGACAGGCACCAGACAUACCUAAAUCCAAAAGAUCAACAAGCAAUCAUCCCCACAAGCUAUGCAGUGAAACAAAAUGUUCACAAAUCUAAAGAGAUUCCCUCUCCCAUUGACAUGGAGAAACACGAGCCCAUCAAAAAGUUCAAGGACAAAAGCAUUAACUGUACCACGGUUCAGAUGAGCAUUGACAAAACGAGCAGUGUGGGGACUCAAACUGACCAGCACAUUCUGGAGCUCAAGAAAUGUAAAGAUCUGUGUACCUCCGGUCAGAGCAAGUAUGGAGAAAGACAUUCGAUGAAGCAGUCAGAUGAGGACUCAGAAAUCGUUAGUGAUGACAUCAGUGACAUUUUUCGGUUUCUGGACGACAUGAGUAUCUGUGGUUCCACUGGAGUGAUACAGUCCUCUUGUUACAACAGCACUGGAUCCUUAUCGCAGCUAAAUAAAUCAGACUGUGACAGCUCACCUGAGCACAACCUAGCCAAAAUUACCAGUGGGAGCACUGGCAAUAAGAUAGACAAGGGGGUCCGAUCUGAAAAGGACAAUCCUGAAGAUGAGUUGAAAACAAGCGUUUGCAAACUAGUGCUUAGGAUUGGCGAGAUAGAAAGAAAACUGGAAUCUCUGUCAGGAGUUAGAGAGGAAAUCUCUCAAGUUUUAGGCAAAUUAAACAGGUUGGAUCAGAGGAUACAGCAGCCUGAGAAAGUCAGUGUACAGAUCGAUCUGAAUUCCUUAACAAGUGAGGUUCCAUCUGAUGACAGCACCUCUCCCCAAAUAUUCCAUCCCCACAAUGGCUCACACGGAAGCAAAUUGGAAAACAGUCCAGACUGGUGUUGUUCUGAUGCUAGUGGAAGCAACAGUGAAAGCCUUCGAGUCAAGGCCUUAAAAAAGAGUCUGUUUACCAGAAGGUCCUCAAGGUCACUGACUGAGGAGAAUAGUGCUACUGAGUCCAAAAUAGCAAGCAUUUCCAAUUCUCCUAGAGACUGGAGGGCGAUCACUUACACCAAUGAGGCUGGCCUCAAUGAAGAAGAGAUAAAAGACAGAGGAGCUGCAGAAAAUAAAGACUGGCACAGAAAAUCAAAAGAGGCAGACAGACAAUAUGAAAUUCCUCAGCCCCAUCGAAUAGCUAAGCAACCAAAAGAUGGUUUCUUGGUGGAACAAGUCUUCAGUCCUCACCCCUACCCUGCGUCACUCAAGUCACACAUGAAAAGCAACCCAAUGUACACAGACAUGAGACUGACCGAAAUGGCUGAAGUAAAGCGAGUCCAGCCCUCUUGGACCAUAGAAGAAUACACAAGGAACUCUGGGGAAAAGGGGAAGCUGACAGCUCUGGAUCUCCAGACUCAAGAGUCUUUAAACCCAAAUAAUUUAGAAUACUGGAUGGAAGAUAUUUAUACUCCAGGCUAUGAUUCAUUAUUAAAACGUAAAGAGGCUGAGUUCCGAAGAGCAAAGGUCUGCAAGAUUGCUGCCUUGAUUGCGGCGGCUGCUUGCACAGUCAUCUUGGUAAUUGUAGUGCCCAUUUGUACAAUGAAGUCAUGACUCCAUGAUGAGGACCAAGGACACUGGACUUUCUACUGUACAUAAUUCCGGAUAUCUCCUUCUGUAUUUUCCCAUCU